AUGGUGAUAGCUAAAGAAGUGGCAUUGCAGGUGGAGGGUUUCGAAGAACGCUUGACUUCUCUGCAUUCUAAAGUGGAUGGCUUACGUGAUGAGAUAACAGCUGGACUUUUGAAGAUCACAUCCCUGGAAGGAGGCGUUCAAGACUUGACAACUGGCUUUUUUCGCGCGGAGCUCUAUUUUGAGAUUAAUGGCUUGCUUCCGGCGGAACGUCUGCGGGCGGCAGUGGUCUGUUUAGAGGGUGAUGCAUUGGUGUGGUAUUCUUGGGAGGAUGGUUGGCAACCUUUUCGUAGUUGGGCAGAAUUCAAGGAACUCCUCCUUGAACGUUUUCGAUCAACUCAGGAGGGAAACUUGCAGGAGCAACUUCUAUCAUUACGUCAAUCCACUACUGUUAAGGAAUAUCGUCGCCAAUUCGAGGUGCUCUCCGUCCCCUUACGUGACCUGCCAGAAUCAGUCCUUGAAGCAGCCUUUGUUAAUGGGUUGCGCCCAGAUAUACAGUCUGAACUCCGACAGAUGGAACCCGUUGGGCUGAUGAGAAAAAUGGUUGCAGCCCAGAAAAUUAAGGAGAAGAAUCAGGCCUUAUGGGCUUAUCAAUCAGGUUCAUUCCCUCGUGGGCCCACAACGUCCCUCUCUGGAACCCACUUUAACUCACUGGUUUCGCAAGUUUUAUGGGUUCAAGAUGAUGUGGCGGAAAUCACUUCUGAUGCGUCUAAUUUGGAUUGCACUUCCGGGGACACUGAAAUUGCUCUGACUCCAGAAUCAGCCACGCUUUGUGUUUCGUCUCUUGUUGGGUUGUGUGUGGCAAAUUCCCUUAAGGUGCGUGGACGCAUUUUGUCACGCGAGGUGGUCAUAUUGGUAGACUCGGGUGCAUCUCACAACUUUAUCUCCGAAACCUUAGUCAAAGAAUUGAAAUUACCUCGCACCCCUACACACGAAUUCGGGGUUCAGAUGGGAAAUGGUGAUGAGGUAAGAAUCUCCGGAGUCUGCCGUCAGGUUUGCCUCAACUUACCUGAAUUGGAUGUCAUCGCUGAUUUCUUUCCUUUAAAGUUGGGCUCUAUAGAUGUCAUUCUUGGUUUUUCUUGGUUAGCAUCCCUCGGGGACUCAAUGAUGAAUUGGGGCAACAUGUCUAUGAAGCUCAAUUUGGGAGGUGUUCGGGUGAAGUUGCAGGGCGACCCUUCUCUCUGUUCUUCUCAGGUAUCUUUGCAUGCUAUGAUGCAUAACUUACAACAUGAGGGACAAGGGGUUUUGUUAGAAUUAAAACAAUUGCAGAUAGUGGAUUCUCCGUUGAACUCUGUCUUGCCUACAUUCCCGCCAAUUUCCGCAUUACUAGAUGAGUACAAGGAUGCUUUGACAUGCCUACGGGCUUACCCCCUACACGGGCUACGGAGCAUGCUAUUGUCUUGCAGGAGGGCACUUCUCCUAUCUCUGUUCGUCCUUACAGAUAUCCUCAAUUCCAGAAAGAUGAAAUUGAUCCCCUUGUCUCUGAGAUGCUGGCUGCGGGUAUUAUUCAGCCGAGUACAAGCCCCUACUCGAGCCCGGUCCUUUUAGUCAAGAAGAAAGAUGGAAGUUGGCGUUUUUGUGUGGAUUACAAAGCCCUUAACCGUGCUACGGUUCCGGAUAAAUUCCCCAUUCCGGUUAUCGAAGAACUUCUCGAUGAGCUCCAUGGUGCUUCUAUUUUCAGCAAAAUUGAUCUUAAAUCGGGCUACCACCAGAUUCGGGUCCGCAAUGAGGACAUUCCCAAGACUGCGUUUCGCACCCACGAGGGCCAUUACGAGUUCCUUGUCAUGCCCUUCGGUCUCACCAAUGCGCCCUCGACCUUCCAGUCAUUAAUGAAUACUGUAUUCCAUGAUUUCCUCCAUCGCUUUAUGCUGGUAUUUUUUGAUGAUAUUCUGGUUUACAGUGCUUCCGAAGCUGCCCAUUUGGAUCACCUUCGACAGGUUUUCUCUGUGUUGCGCGCCCAUCGUCUCUUUGCCAACUCAAAGAAAUGUAUCUUUGCUCAGCCUAGCAUUGAGUACCUGGGUCAUAUUAUUA